AUGAAACGCGUUGGUGUAUUGGCGCUCCAGGGUGCCUUCAAGGAACACGCCGAGCUGAUCGAGGCCUGCGUGCGUGAAAACAGCUACUCGAUCGCAGUCUGCGAGGUAAAAACGGCCGAGCAGCUUGCCCUCUGCGAUGCGCUAAUCAUCCCGGGCGGCGAGUCGACCGCGAUGUCGCUCAUCGCACAGAGAUGCGGCAUCUUCGAGCCGCUCCAGGAGUUUGUGCGCGACCCGACAAAGGCUAUAUGGGGUACGUGCGCCGGUCUCAUUUUCCUGGCGCGCGAAAUCACCAGCGACGCGCAGCUCGUAAAGCCACUUGGUGCGCUGAGCGUAGCCGUCCAGCGCAACGCAUUCGGCCGCCAGUCGCACUCGUUUGUCGCACAGUGCGAUUUUUCGUCCUUCAUGGUGCCCAACCCCAAACUGCCCCAAAAUGGUCCAUUUCCCACGGUUUUCAUCCGCGCUCCCGUCAUCGACCGUGUUCUCGAUCCCGCAAAUGUCCAGAUUCUACACGAGAUCCAAAGUCCCGCGGGUCACAGUCUCGUUGUCGCGGUCAGACAGAACAACAUUUUGGGCACCUCGUUCCACCCAGAGCUUGCAGACGACAACCGUUUCCAUGAUUGGUUUUUGCGUGAGUUCGUUAUAAAAGAAUGA